UCAAAAAAUGUCACAAAUACGUUCACAAAAAAAUCAAGAAAAAUAUUCUCAUGACGGAUUUAUUUAUGUAAAAGAUCGAAUUAGCAGUAUAGGAGACAAAAUAUUUUGGCGUUGUGAUUUGUUGAAUCAUGGAUGUAAAGGAAGAAUCCACACAGCCUCUGAUAUUGAAAGAACUUUCAUAAAAUUGGUGACAGAACAUACUUGCUCGUUAACUGGAAAUGCUGCUAGAGUUGGGGUUCAAAAAGCUGUUAGUGCUGUUAGAAGUCGAGCAAGGGAAUCGUUGGAUAUGGUUCCUAGCCAGAUAAGAGCGUCUGUGGUUGAAGAACUUCCGGAAGCUAUUUUAGGUUUUUUUUUUCAUUUUUUAAAGUUUUUACGAGUAGAGUUGCUUUUUGGUGACUUUUAG